GACCAAAAUCAUCGCACCAGGAAACUCAAAACAACCCAAAAAAUCCCAAAACGAGAAAAUCGCCAUAGCCGAAAAGGGUAUUUGCUUCUACUCACAAAUUCGUCUUCAAUGGCGGCAAGUAAGAGUUACUACGCACGGCCAAGCUACCGUUUUCUCCCCAGCGACCAGCAUCACCACUCGUCGAUCUCCACCGACUCGGGUUUCGAACUCGAUGAGUCGGAUCUCUACAACUCCGGCUCUGCCCGGCCGAACUCCCCCGAUGUUCGCAAGCCCGUUUCCAGCUCUCGGAUCGGGAAGAAGCCGUCUGGAAAACGAGUAGAGUCCGCGGGCGAUCGGAUCGGGGCGACUCCGUCGUCGUUGCCAGUCAACAUACCGGACUGGUCGAAGAUAUUGAGAAACGAAUACCGCGAGAAUCGGAGAACGAAUGACGACGACUACGAUGACGUCGACGGCGAGGAUUACUACGAAGGCGGCGUGCGGGUGCCGCCUCACGAGUUUUUGGCACGGCAGAUGGCGAGGGCGGGGAUCUUGUCGUUCUCGGUGCACGAAGGCAUAGGGAGGACUUUGAAAGGAAGAGAUCUGAGUAGGGUCAGAAAUGCAAUUUUUGAGAAAACUGGGUUCCAAGACUAAUUGUUUUUUUUUUCAAAAGGUUCAGUUCUCUCUCUCUCUCUCUCUGUUUCUUUUUUUGGCCCCUUUGUGUUUAAGAAUAGCGGGAAUAACUAAACUUCUGCGGCAUUAUAUGGAAAUUUUAUCCAAAAAUUUUGUUUUUUCCCUUUUAAUAGUUAGCUUUUUUUUCUUUUCUUUUAUUUUCUUUUCUCUUCUUACUGUGAUAUGAUCAAGAGAGGAUUAUGAUUAUGUAAUUCUAACUUAUAGAUUGUAUUGUAUCUUGAAUUUUGGCAAUGAAAUAUGAAUUAAUUUUU